AUGGCGAAGUUAAAUCAUCGCUUCGGACUCGAAUCCAACCCCCCCAACCCUCCCGCUAAGGCCAUGGUCAGCCUAAAAGAUGAGUCCUCGGCCAGCUCCGGAACACUCACGCGCUGCGGGAACGGUAUGCCUAAUGCUUCCCAGUCUGGAAGUGGGCUGGUGGACGGCAGUUUGUGCUGGACCUACGGCUCGACGCGCAGGACAUACUCGCAGGUGCUCACACAUCAGCUUGGGCCGGACUUGCAAAGACAGCUUCUGAAGGACGUUGUGCAGCUCGCAGGGAACUACCUCGACUUCAACCUAACGAUCAGGCAGCAGGCGUCUGGCCAGUGGGAGGCCUUCAUCGAGGAUGCAUCCGCCCAGUUUCCUAUCUUCGCCAAAUAUCCCUCGUCCUGGCCUCUUCGGGACUACAUGUGCCGGUACUUGUGCAACAGGUCGAACUCCAGAAGAAGGAAAUCACGAGCGCUGGGAGAGACAGCGAAGAGCGGGACUGGUGAUAAAGAGAACGAGGGUAUGGGAGCAUCAGCUUCCCAGGCAGUGGUGAAGGUGGGUAGACGGGCCAGGAGGAUCGAGACUUACCAUCGAGCUGGCAGCAUCCUGACUGGCAAGAAGUCUUUCGCGAAGGCGGCGAUCCGAAAAGAGGUCAAGACAAGAAUAAAGAAGGGUAAAGCACAGGUGUAUGUCGACGUGCCGCCGAGGGCGUCCGUACCAGCCUCCGCCGCCCGCUCACCUUCCGCCGCCCCCACCCUCGCAUCACCCUCCCCUCCACCAGGUUCGCCCGCGCCGCAAACCGACAGCGACACUUCCGAAGAAGUCAAGGCAUUCCUCCGUACCCUCACCCCGAGCAUGGACCACCUCCACCCCAAGCUUCUCGCGCUCGGAUUUCGCGACUUGAGUGCGAUCGCUGCGUGGCCGAAGGAACGGCUGGAGGCCCUGCUGGAGGAGCUCGUGAAGAGGGAGCAGGUGAAUUGGUUCGACGCGUGGGUGGUCAAGUGUGGGCUCGAGGCAAUCAAGGGUUAG